AUGACCACCAGCGCCGGCGCGCCGGUGGCCGACAACCAGAACGCCCUCACCGCCGGAGAACGCGGGCCGAUCCUGCUGCAGGACUACCAGCUCAUCGAAAAGCUCGCCCAUCAGAACCGCGAGCGCAUUCCCGAGCGGGUGGUGCACGCCAAGGGCUGGGGCGCGUACGGGACCUUCACCGUCAACCACGACAUCUCGCGCUACACCCGGGCCAGGGUCCUCCAGCCCGGGGCCGAAUGCGAGGUGCUGGUCGCGGUUCUCCACCGUGGCCGGUGA